AUGUUGGCGAACUCGGACUUUGUGCCAGCGACCGAGUGUCACGUGGCAGGAGGUGACACGAGUCGACAUGGUGGUAGGUUUUCAUCGAUGUUGUACAAUUUGCAAGAGACGGCGCAAGGUCUUUCACUUCCUCCACAGGCGCGUUGUCUUAUUGGCCUUUAUGAUUCUCAGUCUGGACCACUCGCUGACCAGUCGGAAAAUGCACGCUUCUUGGUCGGUUGCCAGUCUGUGGUCCCCAACGGAAGUCAGGUCCAUCUAGUAACUCUUGAGGAAAAGUACUCCUGUCAGUCGUUCACCCUGAAGAGCCAGUCUUUCGUCCACCCAGACGGUGAAGUCGUUGGCUUGACAGCACUCCCCGCCGCUCCACUACUCUUCGUUUCUGUCUAUUCAUCCAUCUCGGAAAGUAAGACGGAUCUGAGCGGUGGUGCUCGAAUUUGGCGUCUUCCGCCGCCGUCACCACAGUCGCUCUCACCGACAGACUCGGAGGACGAGAAAGAAAUCGACUUUGCGGAUCGACCGUCAGAACAGUUGGAAUUUGUCUCCAGUCUGCCUUGCAACGAUUUUAGUUCAAUCAGAAAAGUGUCAGCGCACCCCUCCGAAACAUGCACCGACUUAUUGUGUGUGCUAGGCCCACCUCUCCCUGGAACGCAACACUUUCCGAGCGGUCGAACCGUAUCACCUGCCUCCAGUUUUCUGGCCAUUCUCAAGGCUACCUCAGGUGACUACGCUAUCGAUUCUUGCAGUCAGCUAAGACUUCCUACGGAAGUUGACGAGGUUGCAGGAGGGGUCAUCACCGCUUCCGUGAACGCCGUUCGAUGGUCUCCUCAUCGAAACGCUUCCACAGUCGGCAUCGCCUUUGAUUCUGGCGUUCUCGGCAUCGACACGCGUUGCAUGCAGCCUUGUCUUUGGUUAGGCGAUAUACACUGGCCAUGUGUUCGUGACAUUGACUUUAAUCCGAACUUGGAUCACAUUCUGGCGACCGGUGGAGACGAUGGAUGUCUGAGUGUGUGGGACCUUCGAUCGACUCGGAAAGUGAGUGCUACCUCUCAUGGAAACUUUUCGUUCCGGAAUGUUAGCUCUGGAACAGUUGGACUGAAGCCCCUCGUCACGAUUCCCGCGCAUUCACAUUGGAUAUGGACUGUACGAUAUCAUCCGACUCGAGACCAGCUGCUCCUAUCAGCUAGCAGUGACUCUAGCGUCUGCCUCUACGGAUUGCCCAGUUUUUCUUCGGAAGCUAGAGACUUGAGCAAAACGGGUAAAACCCGAGCCAUCAGUGGAGGGUCUUCUCCUACGGAGUCCGAGAUCUCUGUUGAAGGUUUGGAGGAUGGAGUGCUGGCUCGUUUGGAACAGCAACAGGAGAGUAUCUACGCGGUUGACUGGAGUCCCGUGGAUCCGUGGACUUUUGCUUCUGUUAACUACGACGGUCAUUUUUUGGUCAACCAGGUGCCUGAUAAAGUUAAACUGGGGAUUCUUCUUCAACGUGAUGAUGACGACGAGGAGGAAGACGAGGAAGUGACUACUUUUGACAAGGUGUGA